UUUGUUGUUUGUACCCGGCUUUCACUUUCAUCUCUCAACUUCCUUUCUUUCCUUCCUUUCCCUCCUCUGUUUUACAGUUUCACACCAAACCCAAUCAAAAACACACGUCCUUAAUUUAGUUAUUAUAUUAAUCUAAACUAAUUAAUAUACAUAUAAUAUAGUAUUAGUUGUAGAAUGACAAUUGCUUUGUUUUCGAGACCUUGAAAUUGGAACCAAUCAGGGUUCAGAGUCAGAGACACACAGUCACAGAGAGAUUGAUCGCUCUCUGAAUCUCAAAGAGAGAGAGAGAGAGAGAGAGAGAGAGAGCGAGAUGGCUAUACUGUACGCUGUGGUGGCUCGAGGGACGGUGGUGCUGGCGGAGUUCAGCGCGGUCACGGGGAAUACAGGCGCGGUGGCGAGGCGGAUCUUGGAGAAGCUGCCGUCGGAGGCUGAUUCGAGACACUGUUUCUCUCAGGACACGUACAUCUUUCACAUACUUCGAUCCGAUGGCCUCUCUUUCCUCUGCAUGGCCAACAACACCUUUGGCAGGAGGAUUCCUUUUUCUUACUUGGAGGAUAUUCACAUGAGAUUCAUGAAAAACUACAGUAGAGUAGCCAACCGUGCACCUGCUUAUGCAAUGAAUGAUGAGUUUUCAAGGGUCUUACAUCAGCAAAUGGAAUUUUUCUCUAGUAAUCCUAGUGCAGAUACCCUAAACCGAGUUAGAGGGGAAGUUGGUGAGAUACGUACUAUCAUGGUGGAGAACAUUGAGAAGAUUCUGGAGAGAGGUGACCGGAUUGAACUUCUAGUUGAUAAAACUGCAACAAUGCAAGACAGUGCAUUUCACUUCAAGAAACAGUCCAAGCGACUUCGUCGAGCUCUCUGGAUGAAAAAUGCCAAGCUAUUGGCACUGUUGACAGGCUUGAUUGUUGUGUUGCUGUACAUAAUAAUUGCUAUUUGUUGUGGAGGCAUCACCCUACCUUCCUGCAGAUCUUGAUUUCUACCGGAUAUUAGCUCUACUGAGGUAUGCAACAGAUGGCUUUUUAAAUGAUGUCAGUCCGAUUCUGUUAGAGAAGCUCUGAAGGUUUCAUGGUUCAGAUUUUUGACAGUUAUAUGGAAAUAUGAUAUCUUUAUCUCUGCAAGGUUCCAGUAAUUAUCCCGAUGCUUCUCUUGCCGUUGUUGCACUUGAUGUGAGUAACCAAUGUUUAUCUUUGGAACCCUGAUGAGUGCUGUUGCAGUGCUAUGCUUCAUCUCUGUAUUUUGUAUAUGUAUGAAUUUAUAGUAUAUUCAUUAUUUGGUAAAAAGGUUUUUUUUGGUGUAAUUUCAACACUCAAUAUGCUAUUACAUACAAGUAUUCCGUCAA